ACCACAUGAAAGACGAUCAUCAACAACACACAAACAACGACGACCAUCGUACCAUUUAAACUCUAAUUACUCCAUUUCUCUCUCUCUCUCUCUCUCUGUAUAGCUUUCGCAUUUCAUUGCCAGACCUCAAAUCGAGCUCCGAGACCUGAAUGAUUCCUCUGAAUUGUUAUCCUCUCUAGAUUUGGGCAUUGGACAACAAUGGAGCCAUUGAUGGAGCUCUGCGACUUGAUUGCGCAGAACCCAAACCAAUUCGCCGAGAAACUCACGUGGAUGUGCGGCAGAUGCCCUCAGCCUGAGGCUCUCCAAUCCGGAUCUCCUAGGGUUUCUCGUGCUCAGCUCAAUGCCGUCGUCGCAAUCGCUAGAUUUCUCUCUAAAUGCCCUAAUCACAGCCAUCACCGCUCCCAAUCACUGGUUAUCGAGUUUCUCCGCACUAUUCCGGCUUCCUUCUCCCAAUCUUUCUGGCCACAGUCCUUCGGAAUCGAUUCUAUUGCUUCUUUUUAUGCCGAUUUCUUGGCUUAUGUCUCCAAGGCCACAGAUUUGUCUUCAGAUUUCGCCGCCGAUGUUGCUUGUUUCAUGGAAGAUAUUGUGAUCUCUGCUGUUGCCAAUGUCAAUGGAGAAUUGGGGAUUUCUCGGGCUUUCUUGGGAGCUCUCUCACAGAGUUUCCUCCCCAUUCUUGCUUCUGACGCUGAUAAAUUGGUUUCGUGUCUUCUUGAUCACUUUGUGAGUUACGUCCCUAAUUCUCCGGCAACCCCGGAGCCAUCGUCUUCUCAGAGUUCACCUAUGACUGCAAACUAUUAUCAAACGAACGAGAAUUCUAGUCCACGACUCGACGUGAGCAAUGCCUAUGGUUCAUCCAGCAGUUCUGCGUCAAGAGGAUCGGUGAUGAAUGGUGGUAGCAUAGGCUGGAAGAGCAAUGUAGAUCAGUUGGUUGCAAGUAUUGGGAGCGUUGGGUUCAAUGACGGAGGAGGAGGAGGAGGAGGAGGCAGUGCCACGGCCUAUAGGCGAUUGGUUGUCACCUUUGAGGAGGAGCCUGUGGAGAGCCUUGAGAAACAAGAAAUUGCGUUCAAAUUGAUUACUCACAUCCUAGAUAAAGCACACAUUGAUCCCAAGCUAUUGGAGCAGGUGAGGAUUAUUGCGAAGGAGCAGCUCCAGUCAAUGUCUUCUUUUCUAAAGAUAAGGAAGCGGGACUGGACCGAACAGGGACCUCUAUUGAAAACUAGAAUCAAUACAAAACUUUCUGUUUUCCAAGCUGUAGCUAGGUUAAAAAUUAAAAGCCUUGCAUCCAUCGAUUCUGAUGGAAAGUUGUCAAAGAAGUUGUUGCUUGGUACUCUUGCACUGUUGGUAGAUGCUGCUGAAGCUUGUUUAUUUUCAGUAUGGCGAAAAUUGAGAAUAUGUGAAGAGCUAUUCAGUUCUUUGCUUGCUGGGAUUGCCCAAAUCGCUGUCACUCGUGGAGGCCAGCUGCUACGGGUUUUGCUCAUUCGCCUUAAACCCCUUGUGCUAGCCACAUGUGCCCAGGCUGACACUUGGGGCAACAGCCAGGGAGCCAUGUUCGAGAGUGUAUCGAAAACAAGCUGUGAGAUAAUUGAAUUUGGUUGGAGCAAGGACCGGUCUCCUGUGGACACUUUUAUCAUGGGAUUAGCUACAAGUAUUCGUGAACGAAAUGAUUACGACGAAGAGGUUAGCCUUAUAUUGCUGCUUAUUGAACAACAAAAACAUAAAAUGUGCACACGCGUAGACACAAACACAUUUAUGAGCACAUGCAUGCCAUUUGUGAGUUUUUGAAUGCUUAUGGAUGCU